CGGGCGGGCGCUCCCCUCGCUGGCAGCGCUCGCUAAGAUGGCGGAUUUCCUGCCGUCCCGCUCCGCGCUGUCCGGCUGCUUCCCCGGCUGCCUCCUCACCAGCGGCGAGGCCGAGCAGCAGCGCAAGUCCAAGGAGAUCGACAAGUGCCUCAACCGCGAGAAGACCUACGUGAAGCGCCUCGUCAAGAUCCUGCUGCUGGGCGCGGGCGAGAGCGGCAAGUCCACCUUCCUCAAGCAGAUGCGGAUCAUCCACGGGCAGGACUGGGACCGCGCGGCCCGCGAGGAGUUCCGCGCCACCAUCUACAGCAACGUGAUCAAGGGUGUGCGAGUCCUGGUGGAUGCCAGGGAGAAGCUGCACAUCCCCUGGGGGGACCCUGCCAACCAGAGCAACGGCGACAAGGUGAUGGCCUUCGACACGCGCGCGGUCACCGUGGUGCAGGGCAUGGUGGAGACCAGCGUCUUUUUGGACUACCUGCCUGCCAUCCGCGCCCUGUGGGCAGACAGUGGCAUCCAGCACGCCUAUGACAGGCGCAGGGAGUUCCAGCUGGGGGAAUCUGUAAAGUAUUUCUUGGACAACUUGGAUAAACUUGGAGAACAAGAUUACCUUCCCUCACAGCAAGACAUCCUGCUGGCACGGAGGCCCACCAAGGGGAUUCACGAGUACGACUUUGAAAUCAAAAAUGUCCCUUUCAAGAUGGUCGACGUGGGCGGCCAGAGGUCGGAGCGGAAGCGAUGGUUCGAGUGCUUUGACAGUGUCACAUCCAUUUUGUUCCUGGUGUCCUCCAGUGAGUUUGACCAAGUGCUGAUGGAGGACAGACAGACGAAUCGCCUGACGGAGUCCCUGAACAUUUUUGAAACGAUAGUCAACAACCGGGUGUUCAGCAACGUCUCCAUCAUCCUCUUCUUGAACAAAACGGACUUGCUUGAGGAAAAAGUACAGAAAGUCAGCAUCAAAGACUAUUUCCCAGAGUUUGAAGGGGAUCCCCACUGCUUAACAGAUGUCCAGAAAUUCCUGGUGGAUUGUUUUCGCACGAAACGCCGGGACCAGCAGCAGAAGCCACUGUACCACCACUUCACCACUGCCAUUAACACAGAGAACAUCCGGCUAGUGUUCCGUGACGUUAAAGAUACCAUCCUGCACGACAACCUCAAGCAGCUGAUGCUACAGUGAUGUGCAAAAAGACUGCUUUGUUUCAGUAACUCUUGUGUGUUUUUUUUUUUUUUUAACUAGAAGUUUACAGCAGGAGUAGAGAAAUCCAGAUCCUGUCAGACUUCUUGAUAUGUGGCUGAAAGCUGCUGCUGAACACAUUAUUGCCAAUUUCUGCAGAAAUUCAGGCUUAAUCUCUUCCAGUGUAGCUUCAAGUUGACUCAAGUUGUAAUUUUAUAGCAGACCUAUGUCUAAGUUACCUGUAAAGUGGUAAAUUUGACCUUUUACCAACAUGUGUAUUAUCCUAGAAAAUCCAGAAUUCCAAGUUGACACGUCAAUGAAAUUGUUGCAAUUAUUAACUGUGGCAGUAAUUUAAGGUGGGGGGGAAGAGAGAGAGAAACUUCUCACAUCUGAUUUCAUUGUGAAGACUGUGAUACCAUAGCUGACUUAUGAUUUCUCAGGUCUGUUUUUGGUUAGAAAUCCCAUCAGAUCCCUUGCUGGAAUCAUCUCUUUGCAGCCCGUUCCUGGGUGUAGCCUACUUCCUGCUUAAGUAUAAACCAUGGCAUUGGGAUGGAGUAGGAGAUGCUUCAAAAAUGUGGAAAAUCAGGAGUUUCAGACAUAUCAGGAAGUGCUGAGUGCAGUGAUGAGGGAUUCCUGGUUGGCACAGUACACAGAUUCACUCCAGAGGUGUCCUGGAGCCAUGGCAAAGCACAGAGCACUCUGAUCAAUCCUCUUGGCAUGCUGGUGUGGGAAGGGGGGAGCAAGCCCAGCUUGUGUUUUUUACCUUCCCUGAGCAGAUGUUCCCUGUGGGUCACCUGUUCUGGAAGCUCUUUACCUUAGCACUGCUUUAUUUGAACUCCCUGCCUCCUUGCCAGGUGCCUCUCUGAGUCAGGAGCAUUUGCUGAUGGAGAGAAGGACUUGCAAACCUAAGUGCCUCCUUGUGUUCUGUCCUCCUCUGGCAUUUCCAGUGGCCUUACCAAUUCCCAGCAGAGGCCUUGUGUAGCUGACACCGUGCAGAUGAAUGUUUUCUUCUGAAAAAAUGAAAAACCUUGUCCCAGCAGAAUGUGCUUGAGCUGAUGAGGCUCUUUCUGAGACUUUCCAGUUGGGUCUAAGCAAUCCUAAGUGUACUUGAGCCAAAUAAUGUUGCACAGCAUCUUCCAGAGUGCUGCUUGUGACUGUUUUACCCAAAGUCCUUUUGCAGUUUUGUUUCAUUUCUUAUGGGGAGUUGGUAGCAUUGCCAUGUGAUUAAAAUAAGAAAUUAUAAUAAUAAUGAUGAUGAUGAUGAUGAAAAAUAAUGAAAAUGAAGCAGUCCUGAUGUACCCCACAGCACACUGCAAAAAGAGAGUGAGAUUGUGAUAGAUAAAUCAGUGUCCCUACCACGAUUCCCCCAGGCUGGAGGUGUGUGGGCAGCUCAGCUGCCACUCUGCCCCUGGAAUUGGCCAAUUCCUGUGGAUCAUGCUGGUGGCCAAUCCUUGAGUAUUUCUUUAUUGUCAUCCCACGAGCCAGGGGUGACAUGGUGGUGUCACUGCUGGGAGCAGUGGCCCUGCCAGGACAUAGGAAAGCUGCCUGACUCCUGAACUUGGCCUGUACUUACUGUGAGUGUAAGGUGCAUUGACAUCUCUGUACCUCCUUCUCCUGGCAGCAGAAGGGGAAUUGUGUGUUUUGAUUUAGUUAGGUGCUUUGAAAGACCUCUAUUUUUUUAUAUCAUCCAGUGAAUAGUCAUAGGUUAGUCUGUGAUUCUGGCCAUCAGGCACUGUUUGGGGAGGAAAGAAUUUCUGAAAAGAGCUUGGGAGAAGUCACAGUGCAGAAUCUAAACAUAAUCCUAAAGUCUGGAUGCAGCACUGAUGUCAGGAGGGUUAAAAGAAUCUUGGAUGGGGAUAUUUAAUGGAGAUUUUGCCUCUACUGGGCAUGGAUUACUUCUGAUUUGGUUAUAUGUGAGCAAUUCAGGAAGGAGAAUGAAGCUGAGACCUCAGGAAAGGCUGGUGAGGCUCUUUCAAGGACUGAGCAGCACACCUAUGAUGGGAGCAGAAGUUCUCCUUUGGGCUGUAAAUGCUCCAAGAACAGACACAAACCUCUGGUGCCCUCCAGGUCCAGUCUUGGAAAGCAGAAAACAAAUUCCUGCCCUUGGUUGUCACCAGGAGGAGGAGCUGGGUUGGUUUCUCCUUGGCUGACAGGUGUCUGGACAAGUGUCUUUUCAAAACAAAUAUUUACAUCUGAUUCAAGCAGUUGGUUUGGAGAGGUCUGCAGUUGGUGCUUUGGAGGGUGUCAGAGCAGAUGAUUGCAGAAAAGCCUGAAGGCUGGUAGUGGGUGACAGGGUGAGUAGCAGGGAUUUGUCUGAACUAAUUUAUGUGAAGUAUUGAUGAAUUUUUUUGUCAAUGGAAGCUGUUAAUUUACUGAGGAUCCUCAAAGCUGAUGGCAGUGUGAGGAUGCAGCCAGGGUCACCAAGGCUCUGGGCACUUCUGGCCUUGGCUAAAGUGGGGGAAAUGCCCAAAACCCCACAAAAAUCCCUGUUGUGACCCCCUGUUCCAGAUCUCCCUC